AUGGUCCAUACCAGCUCUGCUUCUUUCAGAGAUUCCGUUCUUCUUCUGAGGCACCUCACUGCCGAUUUGCGCACUGAGAGCCAAAUCCUCCAGAUGAGCUCUGCCAUGAAUCUCUUGAUCCAUGAACAAGAAACGGCCUACUCUCAUGACGGGGGCAUCCUCGAAAGUGAUGAUCAGCCCACGGACAAGACCCCAAGCCGAGAAUCAGAAGCACAAAAUAGCUUGCGCCCUCCCGUCCGACAACGGCUAGACGCCCACAGAGCCUUCCGCGAAGUCCUAGCCCUGACCAAGUUUGACUUCACCCGUGAUGUGAUUCUCAUUAUCGAAUUGGCCGGGUUCUUUGGGGCGGAUAAGUUCGAAUACAUCCCGCUGCGAAACAAGAUCGACACAGGAAGCUCAGAGAACUUUAUCAGGAGCGAUAUCCUCACAGAGCACAAAAUGGACGAGGAAAAGAUUCUCGAUCUUCCUGUCAGUGAACAGACUGAGCGGACGCUACAGAUGGUAGAGGGGACGUUUACGCCCAAGCGAGAGGUCUAUCUUCGGUGGCAUCGUCCUCACGAUGGCGGAAGCGAAGACCAGAGGAUCGGGGAGUACGUCGACCGGGGAGGCUUCAAGCUCUGCAGCGUCGAAACCCUCAAAGUCGAAGACGGCAUGAGGAAUGAUAAAGGCGCUGCUCUGGUUGAUAUGACUUUUGCGGACCUGAUUCGAAGCUUUUCUGACGCAGGAUUCGAGCCCGAGAGUGAUACGGUAUUCGAUAUUCUCGAGCCAUUUGGUUGA